UAAUAAACCCAAUUCAUGGCAGUUGUCUCUUGUGUGAUAAAUACAUCUCAACCCCAAAAGGCCUAAAAACCACAACACUGCACCACCAAAACCGCCUAUCAAGAAAAUGGAGUCCUCGAGCUCAGCCGACCAGAGAGAAGAAGAACGACACCCUUUGUUGCACAGCCCCUGCCAUUUCUUCGACCAACUCAUCACCGCUUGCCUCAAGUGCCUCGGACUUGAUCAUGACUUCUCCUCCUCCGCCGCUGCUGGAGAGACAAAGGCAGAUCAGCAUCAACAGUACCCUCCUCCGCAGACCGAAAUGGAAAUGAAAUUCAGGGAAGAGGUUGUUGUGACAGCCACAGGUAAUGCAAGGUGGACAAGAGCGUUGAGAGUGAAACGGCCUUCGCUAGGCUCUGGUUCAGGUCCUCAGAUUAACCGUGCUUCGUCCUAAUAACUUGAACGGCUAGCUGCUAGCUUCUUCUAGUUUUUCAUCCUUCUUCUGUUCCUAGCUUUCGUACGUUUUACUCUUUCUCUUUUAAUCAAGUAGAACUGAGGCCUUCAAUGUAUCUGGAUCUUCAACAAAUAACUGUGCAGUAGAUUUCGAACUGAUAGUGAGGCACAUAUAUGUGUUUGGUGUUGAUGAAGUGGUAUGGUGGUUUAGUGAUUAUGCAGAUUAUUCUAUGUUGCAAUAUAUCAGCAAGAGUUUUACCGUAUAAAAGCUAACUGGAGGAUCAGAUAUCAAAUAAAUGCGUUAAACUUUGAAUUCUGGUUGUGUAAUUAAUUCUUUGAUCUUGAGGACCAAAGAGAUAAUGGAUGCAUCUGUUUCAGGCAAGUC